GCGCAGUGCGAAUGGGGCGCCCCCGGCGCGCGCUGCGGGAUCCCGAUCGACGACCCGUCCCCGUCCGGGAUCGCGCGCCACCUGCGCACGCACCACGACGUGCUCGUGUCCGACAACCACACGCGCGGCGCGUGCGUCUGGGGCGUGCGCGGCUGCGGCAAGGACAUGUUCCCCUCCUCGUUCGGGAAGCACAUCGCCGAGUGCCACCUCCGCAACAUGACGAAGCAGUGCCAGUACUGCGGCGCCGACUUCGCCCGCGCCGACACGCUCUCCCGACAUAUCAAAGGCUUCUGCCCG